GAUGAGAUCAGAAGAACCCACCAGCUCCUGGCCGAGCAGGAGAAAGUUGUGGAGGAGAGCAACAAGAAGAGCAAUCAGAUGCACGAGAAGUUCACAAAAGCCAGGGAACAGAAGACUCAGCUGGAGAGAGACUCAGAAAACAGCAGAAGUGUUGCAGAGCAAAGAAUUAAAACAUUAGAGGGUAGAGCCAAAGUGCAGAGGAAACCUAGAGUUGGCAAGGACUGAACAUUCCGAGGAACUAGCCAAAACUAGAGAAGAACUUAUCACUCAAGUCAUGCAGCUACAGACCAAGCAGUCAGAGUUGUCGCGUCUCCUGACCAUAGAGAGAGAGAAGACCAAGUCUCUGCAGUCCACAGUCAGGCAUCUGGAGGACAGGCUGGAGCGACAGCGAUCCUCAUCCAGGAGCUCUGGUUUCGCAGGUUCGGAGGCCACAGAAUCGGAAAGAGAAGAAAUCGAGGAGAGUCUGAGGUCCCAGAUCGAGGAGCUGCAGUACCAGAAGGAUGAGCUAGAGGCGCAGCUGGACGAACUCAGGGAGGAGUUUGAGAACAAAGUGUUCAAUGAGACCAAAGAACUUCAGAAGACAUUCUCAGAGAAAGUUGCCACCCUCCUGAAGGAGAAUGAGGAGUCCCACAAGAAGGUGAAGACGCUGGAAGACGAGCUGACCAACUCCCGCACGGCCGCGGGACUGCAGAGCGGGGAGAACAGGAAACUGCUGACACGGCUGCACGAGGCCGACUCGCAGAUCAACAAACUUAGAGAAAACCUCGAGAAGGCGGAAGCACAGAUCAGUGUCAAGGAUCAGGAGAAGAACCAUGUUCUACACGAGAAGUCUCAGCAGCAGUCUGAGAUCAGCAGACUCAAGGCCAAGAUCACCACUCAGGAGGCGCUCAUCAAGACUGCCGAGGACGGCCGUGAGAAGGUUGAGAGCGAGUGGAGGAAAACUAUGGAGGACCUGAAAGCCACGGACUCUGUUAGGAUAGAGUUGGAAAGACUGAAGUCACAACUGAAGGAGUUAGACAAUGAGUACCAAGAAUCCUGCCAAGAAAGGACUGAGAUGGCCAAGAAGCUUGAAAUUUCUGCCAAGGAAGCAGAAUCUCUCAGGGCCAGGGUGGACUCACUGCUGUCUGAUCUUGAACAGCUGGAUUCUCAGAAAGCAGGUUUGCUGGAGGAGGUAGGAGCCAGAGACAGAAAGAUGGAGUCUCUGUUAGCCCAGUACAGGGCACUAGAGGACCAGCUACAGAGGGACAGGCGGGACCUGCUCUCAGAACAGGACCUCAGUCAGAGACUCAUGGGACAGCUUGCAGAGCUUCAGCAGAAGUAUCAGCUGGAUGCUGAGGCCAGAACCGGUGACUUUGAAGAACAGAACGCCAAACUCCUGCAGGACAACUACAAGCUCCUCAACACCAUUGAGCUAAAGGAGGCAGAGCUUGAGGAAUCUUCAAGACUACUGAAGGAAGAACUGGAAGAAUCUGAAACCAAAGCAACAGAAAAGGAAAAGAUGCUUUCAGCAGCCAAGAGAGAUGUGGAGAAAUUCAGAGGAAUGACGGCGGAAAAAGACAGAACCAUCUCUAGACUUGAAGAUGAGCUGCACAACAAGGAGAAACAGAAACUGUUGUUAGAAAACCAGCUACAGGCCACAAAGAGUCGCAUUGAACAGAUGGAAGACAAUGAGAGGCAGUCAGCAACAAGUUUGAAGGAUAAGUGCAACAAGCUGGAAGGUCAGCUGAGUGAACUGACAGAAGAAAAGAGAAGGCUGCAGAAGGAGUUGAGGGAAGGACAGAAGGAGGCAGACAGAAUCAAAGAGGAAAACAAGUCAUUGCAGAAUGAGGUGAAAGAUGCAGGAAGGUUGCUGGGUGAGUCCCAGGAGAGGGAAGCCAUGCUGCAGCAGCACAGUAACUCCAGUUUGGAAAACAUCCAGGCAGAACUCAUGAAAACCAAACAACAGCUGGAGAGGGACAAGAGAAACCUGCAGGAGGACCUGCAGAAUGCCAAGAAUAAGAUCAAUGUACUGGAGGCCACCAUCAGAGAAAAAGAGCUCCAUCUGGACCAUUUCACCAGGAGCACAGAAGAAAAGACCCAGUCCAGCAUCAGAGCCAUUGAGGACGGGCUGGAGAAAGCCAACCAGGCCCGGGAGAAGCUGAGGCAGGACCUGAAGGCUCAGGAACAGAUCAACACUGCGCUCAAGUCACAGCUGCAGGAGGAGGUAUCUGCUCGGAGGUUAUCUGAACAGAGGAAUGAGGAGCUUCAGCAGGAGAUCCGAGAACAGAAGACUGAGAAGGGGCUUUACUGCAGUAACCUCGAGGAGGAGCUGAAGGUUGCCAGACUGCAGAUUUCUGACCAGAAGAAACAGAUGCAGAGGCUACAGAAAACUGAGAAGUCCUCCAUCACCCUCCAGUAUCAAGUUGAAAGUCUAGAGAAGGAGAGAGACAAGUUACAGAAGGAUGCCCACUCCCUGUCUGUGGAGCUAGAGAUGGUCAGGGAGCAGCUGGCAGAGAAAACAGUGGACAACAACCGGUUCAAGGAGGAGGUGGCCUCCAUGGAGAGUAAACUGGACCUGCUGAACUCUCGGCUCAGGGAGGCCCAGGAGAGUUCAAACAAUGGGCUACAGGACCUCUUCAUGGCAAAGAAUCAGGAACUAGAAGGAGAGAUUUCCCGCCUCCGGACGAUGCUUGCCAAGAAGGAGGAGGAAGAGAUAGACGAGCACAGGAGAGCCCUGGAUGGCACAACAAGUGUUGAGAUGAGGCAGAUGUUGAUGGAGAUCAAGCAGAGGCAGCUGGACAUGCAGACCACCCUGAGGAAGUCUCCUGGCAAAAAUUCUCCUGAUAAAAACUUGAUAAAUGAGCUCUACCGCGAGAUCGGGAGGCUGACGGCGCUGAGCACCGGCCAGCACGUCCGCAUCCGUGAGCUGGAGGAUGAGGUGCACAGGCUGAGGAACAGGAUCCUCAUCAUGCAGAGGAACAGCGACAGAUACCACCAAAGAUACAUGAAUCCAGACAACUUUGUCCAGGAGAUCAACUCCAGGAUAGAAAAGUCGCUAAAGAUGGCCGAAUCUAGAAACUUCCAAACUCCACCGUCCAAGGACUAUAUGUCACCGUCCCCUGGGAACUUUGGAUAGCAGCUCCGUCCUUGUAGUAGAAAUCUCACACGUUACGUCUGUACAUAAUGUGAAGCGCUAGUACCAAUAGGGUUGGUGUCUGUCCUCUGACCCUUCUCAAGUUGUAAUGACCUUUGGCAAAGCCUGUGUCACGUGACCUGAACUGAAGUGUGACAUCAGCAAUGAAUCAAUGAUGUCCCCCGUCCAAGGACUACAUGUCACCGUCCUCUGGAAACUCUGGAUAGCAGCUCCGUCCUAGUAGUAAAUAUCUUACAUGUUAUGUCUGUACACACUAAUGUAAAUAGCUAGUACCAACAAACUUUGUACUUUUUGUCAUUCUUCUGACCCUUCUCAAGUUGAAGUGACCCAAAGCCUAUGUCACAUGGCCUGAACUAAAGAGUGACAUAAGCAACAGAUUGAAGGUGUCCAGCAAGAAGUUCACCUUGUGUUUGGCUGUUGUACGGCCAACUGCUGGUUGGUUUGUUCCUUGCCAAGCUAAAAUCAGUCCUUGCCAGUGCUUGUAACCUGACAAUUGUCCUUGCCAAAGUUUCAGGUUAAAUGCAUACUGUAUGCUGCUGCUUGUUUUGCUGUUUGCGUCUUGGGGUUUGUUCAUCAUGGGUAAAUGUUGUUCUUGCAGAAAGCACCUUUAUCCGAAAGCACACUUUGUCUUGCCAGGAAUGCCAGUUGGGCCAUAUUACGAUUAUAUGCAUGCACCAUCAGUCUUUGCAAGUCAUCAAGAAAUCAAAUUCUGCCACCUCAUAACUAUUGGUGAACAAAGACCCUGAAUUUUUUCCAUGUACCAUAACUGUACAGAUAUCAUUUUGCUUGCAUUCUUUACCACAAGUGUGGCUCGUUUUGUUUUUCACAGGUCUUGAAUAAUCAUCAAAAUAGCACUGCUAUAAUUUAUAUGUUUAUGAUAUCAUACAAGUGUGCUUUUAAUUGAUAGAUAUUAUAUUUUAUAAGCCAUAUUAUUUGCUAAUCUACUUAAAAAGUUUCACUACCUCUUGAUUAAAAAAACACAAAUUGGAAAGCACUAAGUUGAUGCAUUGAAUCUUAAAGUUUAGUUAAUUUGCGUUGUUCAUAUUGUAAAUCAAAUGCAGCCGUAGCUUUAGUGAAAGCUUUCCAAGAUUGUUGCCAUCAGUGUUAUGAAUAUUCCUUUUCAAAAUACAGCAUUACACAGUUGGUUUUAUACUUUGUUAAUGUUAUCAUAUCUCAUUGUAAGACUUAUAUGCUUACAUUUAUGUACCACAUUUGUGUAGUUCUUAGCUAUCACUUAUUUGAAAUUCAACUGUAUUAGAUAGACAUGCACAUCCGUAAUUCUAUAAAGAAUGGAAUUUUAUAAAGUGUGAGGUAUACAGUAAAGAGUGUGACAAGGUGACUAAACAUACCUACAUGUAGAUAAAACAUUUCAUGGUGUACCAUUGAAUGGAAGACGUUGCAGGAAAUUUGAAGAUACUGGCUUGGGUUUACUUACUAACUUAAAAACAAGCUUGGAGAAAGUAGGAUUUUGUUGAAUUCUUGUAAGUAACAUUUUUUGUACAAGUUUUCUUAGCUUCUCAAGUUUUUUACCAUUAGUGUUAUAAAAGCUAAGGUAUGGUAUGGAAUAUAAAGAUAUAGCUAUGUAAGGUAAUGAUCUAGAUAGAAAAGGUGUAAAAUCAUCUUUUGAGGUCCUUAAGUCUUCUCAUUAGCUACAAUAUCGUGUGUGUAUGAUUAUUUAUAAGUUUAAAAACUUAUUUGAAGCCUAAACUGGUGUCAGAUGUGUCUAGCUGCUUCCGUAACAUUAUCUGCUCGAUUCUUUAACCACCAUAUACUGGGGAAACUUUGUGUUAUUCAAUGUUUACGUUUGAGAAAAGUAUUUUUAUACAAUGCACUGUAUCUAUAUAAAUUUGCACUCACAGCUUUUUUACUAGUAGUUUUUUUAUCAUUUGUGUAUUUGAUAGUUUUAUAAGAGGUUCAUGUCUUUUUACAAUGUAAGGCUUAAGUUGUGUUCCGGGUACAAAAACGUAGUUUCCCUGCACCCAGUCCGUCCUGAUCUUCCAUUGGUGCAAUUCAGAACUGUGAAUAAACAGUUCCAUCAUAUC